GAGUUGGCAAAGAAUUGGCAUAGAGUUGGCAAACAUUCACAUUUUGGUUAGCAUUAAGGCAUACAUCGAGAGCUCACUUCACCAUCACUUUUGCAAUUUUGGUGAUCAAUGAAUGGAGUCUUUAAAACAUUUGAGAUAAGUUUCAUCUAUUGAGCGUUAUAUCGGGUCUAACACUCAAUAAUCAGAUUAAAUCUCAAUAUGAAUUGAUUUGUUUGUCAAAUCUCAUGUUAAGAUACCAAAUGAAUGAAUAAAGCAUAAGAAGUGUUGGAUUUGAGGCAACAAUGAUCUAAAGGAUGAACACUAAUAAACCACAACAGAGUACUAUUCAUAAGAUCCGAGAAAUAAAAUUGGAAGCGCUUUAUAUCGAUAGGGAUUACGAUGUGUUGAAAGAGAUCGGUUCCGGAGAUUAUGGUAAAGUCAUAUUAGCCGUACACAGAGAUACUGGUUCUGAGGUGGCGUUAAAAGCCGUGCCAAAGGCCACGACCCCUACCAAAGACUUUUUGAUGGAAUUUCAUUACAGCUAUUUUCUAUCGCCGCAUAAAAACAUCCUGGACACUUAUGAUGUCGCCUUUGAAACCUCUGAACACUACUAUUUUGCUCAAGAAGUCGCACCCUUUGGUGAUCUCUCACAGGCCGUCGAGAGAACAAACGGUGUGGGACUCAACGAACGGGACGUUAAAAUUGUUGUGGAACAGAUUAGUUCGGCGCUUGAGUUUAUGCACGACAAGGAAUUGGUUCACCGGGACGUCCGAGUGAAGUCAUUGCCGUCGUGUCCGCCAGAAGUAUGGGAAGCGGUUCUGUUAGAGGGCUAUAACAUUGAAGUGGGAAGCGAUGUCUGGCAGUUAGCAAUGAUGGUCUACGUGUGUCUCACCACUCGCUUCCCAUGGGAUAAGGCGGACAUAACUGAUCCGCGAUUUACAGACUUUGUUCAGUGGCACAAACGUAAGACCACGAGAACUCCCAAAGAAUUCAGAGUAUUCUCUGCCCGACUUUUAAGGCUUAUGAGAAGAUUAAUGGAAUUGAAGCCAACGAAACGCUAUCCCGUCACUGAAGUGAACAAAUACUUGAGAGACCGAUGGCUCGUACAAAGGUCUCAACGCGCCUCUUCAGUUCACCCACAGGGUGAUUUGAACGGAAGUCACGUAACUCGAAGUCUAUCGUGUAGUCAUUUAGUACAUCCGCACCACAGAUCUGAUGAAUGGAUGGCAUCCAAGAGCAAAGAUGACCACAGUUUAUAUACAGAUUGAAUAAAUUUAUUUAUUUUCACAACAAUUUUGUUUUUGUUUUAAAAUCAUAUUUUCAUAGCAUUUUAUCAAAACAUAUAUUUCAUUAAUUGU